AUGGCUCCCGUAACCUCCAUUCUCUUUGCCGCCCUUAGUGCUGCUGCUACACUGACGUCAUUUACCGAUGCUGCCUCCUCGCCGUCCCCGCGGCUAGCCGUCCCGCCCCCGCCAUGCGUGGCGCCCCCGUCGGCAGCGGCGUUCCUUCGCGCGCGCUGCGCCACCACGCCGUACGCCGUCGCCUGCUACGACACCCUCAUCCCCUACGCGUGCACGUUCCAGACCAGCCACAUCAAGCUCGCCCGUGCCGCCGCCGAUGUCAACUUGGCCUGGCUCCGCGGGCUUUCCACGCGCGUCAAGGAGGUUGUAGCCCGUGGCAGUACUGGCGCUGGGGUUGAGGCGGGCGCGCUCCACGAUUGUGCCAGCACGGUGGCAUCGGCCGCCGGCCUGGCCAAGCAAUCGGCGGCCGAGCUCGCCAGCCUCGACGCUGCAGGUGCCGCGGCAGCGAGAAAUAAGGUCAGGUGGUCCAUUGCCAACGCGCAGACGUGGCUCAGCGCCUCCAUGACGAACGAGGCGACGUGUGUCGACGGGAUCGGGUUGGCAGGCGCUGCCGCGUCGCCGGUUGCGAGGGAGGUGGUAAUAGGAGUUUUGAGCGCCAGGGAGCACACGACCAUUGCCCUCGCGCUCGUCAAUGGCAUACCGGUGCCGUCUUAG